AUUAGUAGCAAAAGAAAAAGAAUAAAAAAAUAAGAGAAACUAAAAAUUAGCUAUUAAAAAUUAAAUAAAAAAAAAAUCAAGCACACUUGAGCUUACUGUAUCUGGGAGAUUCCUGAUUUCAGCCUAUGUGUAAUAUAAUAAAUCUAUGUACACUGCUGUGAAAAUUCAGAAAAAAUGGAUCUGUAAGGCAGCGCUACGAAGGGGAGGAGGGUUAUGCAUGUGAUCUGCUCAGAAUGUGAUCCAGGCUUGCUGCAAAAAAAUUGAGUCAGCAAGAUAGCAGCAAAGGAAGAGUUAGCAGACUGCUGCAGUCCUGCUCUUCACACAAUGACAAAUCUUGCAAUGCUGAUGAGCAGUUUACAGCCGCAAGAGCUCCUUUAGUACAGAAGUCACUCUAGUGCCAUGCAGCCCAAAGAGAAGAUGGCUCCAACAUCACAGAACAGAACCCACAAUGUAUGAAAAAAAUAUUUUAACAGACUGAAAAAUGGGGAAAUAGAAGGUGCUGCUUCGGCAGAGACAUGACAGUCAAGUGAUGAAGAGGCAAAGGAAAGCAAUGUGGACUCCAUCAACAGAGCUACAAUGCCUUCUCAUUGUGCUUUAUGCUGCCAAAGCAUUAACUGUUUGUCCUCCUACAUGCGUUUGUACAAGGAGCCACAGAGUGGUUGACUGUUCUGGGAGGAACCUGAGUGACCUUCCCGAAGGGCUCCAGCAUAACAUUCAAGUGCUGAAUCUUUCUCACAAUAGUUUGGUGGAUCUGGAUAAUUUGUUAACCCAUCUUGGGCACCUCCGUACACUGGACAUUUCUCACAACCAGUUUAGUUACUUCCCCAGCAACUUGCCUAAAGCUCUUUGGGAAAUUGAUGCAUCAGGCAAUACCAUUCGGCUUCUGGAAAAGACAGAUACUGCUUACCACUGGAACCUCAAAUUACUAGACCUGUCUGGCAAUGCAAUAGAAAGAAUUGUGUUUAUAAACAAUACUCUAACGAAUUUAAGGUCUCUGAAUUUGAGUGGUAAUAAGUUCUGGACUGUACCUACCAACAUGCCAUAUAACCUAGAAACAGUGGACUUGUCCAACAAUCUUUUGGUGCAAAUUCUGCCAGGAAGUCUAGACCGUCUACUACAUCUUGCCUUCUUAUACUUGCACAACAACAGAUUUGCCACAAUUGAGGGUAAGGCAUUUAGUAAACUAGCAAACUUAAAGCUUAUCACCCUCAAUGACAACCCUUGGGCGUGUGACAGAGAGAAAGAUAUUGAUUACUUGCUUUUCUGGGUGAGGCAAACAACAGCCCGUGUCAUUGGAUGCCCAUGCUUUACUAGCCAUAUCUGUGGCCAGGGACAAACAACCAGCAGGGUACAAAACAAAUCAAGCAAAACAACUUUUCUGCCAAGUACUAACAGGGCAUGGCGUUCACCUCUGCUGCCAACUGCCACAUCUAAUUACCUUCUUAAAUCUGCUACUGCUGCAGUGUUAGUGGCAACACCAUCCAAUAUCUCAACUGUGCAGCCUCCCCUGAUUGGAAAACGUUCUACUCUGACAUAUACCAGCACCAUUCUGCCAAACAUCACCAGCAAAAAUUGGCAUACAAGCACAACACCCAAUUCAACCCCAAGCGCCGAACAAAAGACUCUCCUGCCAAAUAGAGCCACAUACAGUGAUACAACCAUAUUCAGCACUGUACUUUUUAACUUUACAUUGGUCAUGCUGACCAAAAGUUUCCUCUGAACCACAUUUCUAAAACUGGAAUGAUAAAGGAAUUUGGUGCAUAUUUGGUUUUAACAUUAUGAUUGAAAUCAUAUCACUUAAAAUGUAUUUGCUUUUGAAUUCAUAUGUGGCUACAUUAUACAUUAAUAAUGAAACAUUUCAAAUAGACAUCCUACCUUGGCUACUUCAUUAUCUAAGAAAAUUUCAGUAUAGAUGGUGGGAUAGGUUUGUAUUGCAAAUGUACCUUAAAUUUCAAAUUUGACUCUUACCGAUGGGAAAUCAGACAAAAAUACUAGCUUAUAAAAUGACAUAAAGAAAAGCAUGAACAAAUUCAUACAUUAAGAUAUGUGUUUAAGAAAAAGUCAAAUUAAUGGUUAGUAUUCUCAAAAAAAGUUGUGUAACUAAUUAAGCAAUUUACAGUUUACAGCCUAGACCAUACACAUAUAAAGAACAGUUUUUGGUAUAGUAUUUCCAACUAUACCAAGUGACAACAAAGAACACAAGUCAAGUUCAAUUUAAAGGUGCCUGCUGUAAUGUGACAUACUGACUAUAAAUGAUGGAAACUCUUUAUAAUACCACAUCAAUUAAAAGUAAACAGUAUACAGUUUUAAUAAAUGCUGUGAUAGUUGCAUUAAAUAAUGAUGAUUAAAUUUUAUAAGCUCAACUGCACUCUAAUCAAAAUUAUAUUUAAGAUAUUUUAUAUAUCUGACAGUUUAAAGUCAAACUAAUUACCUACCUUUACAUGUCAUCUGUAAUAUAGGUUCAUAAUUUUUGGCUACUAUUGACACAAGCAAAAUGUUGCAAUAAUCAUUGAGAACAAGAAAUUCAGAAAUUGCAACCUACAGGUAUGCCUAAGAGAAAUGAUUUCAAUCAGGGGCACAAAUAUGCUAGGUUGAAAAUAUUAUACUUGUGAUACAGCAUGUCUAUUAUCACUGCCUUUAACCACUUUGUACUCCCAGAGGUCACACCAAUUAUAACUACCAUCACCCAGUGCAUUUUUUGGGGAGAUUUUAUUAAGGAAACUGCUAUAAUGAACUGAACCAGCACAGCAGACUUUUUAUUCUCACUGAUUUUUUGUGAGAAAAUGGAACAAGUAAGAAACUUCAGCUUCAAAGAGAAAGAAUAAGACUGUGUGAGUAUGUGUGUAUUUGCUUAGUGCAUGCUACAUUAGCAAAUGUCACAGCCCAAAAUCAUAAACUGACAAAAUGCGUUAGAAGCGAAAAAAAGCAGUUUACAAAAAACAUUUCUUUACACUCAGAAUAUAUUCACUAAUAAUUAUAACGAACUGGCAUAAAGCAAAUGCUGUAGUAUAAAUUAAAACCUGUUAAAAAAUACAGAACCAUUCUUCAAGGUGAAUACCUCUGUUCAUGUACAUGUUUGGUAUUCAAUGUUCAUAUAAUCUCUGUCCUUUCCUUAAAUGACCUCCAUGAUUUUGUGUUACAUUUUCCAGUUUGACACAAGAAAAUGUGAAUGAUAAAUGCCAAGUCAAUUUGGUCUCACUACUAGAUGUAUAUUAGAAUCUGAUAGAAUAUCGGUCAUAAAUCAUAUAAGCUCAAAAACUGGGAGGGUGACUUGUACAAGUGAGGGAUAGAGAUAUUUUUUAAUUAGUACCCUUUAUUUGGACGGAGUGAAAAUGAGAAAUUACAAGAGUAACAAAGCACACCAACACAUGCUCAGCAGAUAAACAGGUAAUAUUAUCUUCCACUAAGUUAGCAACAUAGAUUUUCCAUUUCUAAAGACACAGGUACAGCCCUGCCAGUCAAAUUAAAGGUGAGCACCACCCUGCAUGGAUGCUCCUCAAUCCACUGGGUACUGUGAAGAAUGCAUGAUGCUCCUGCAUUGUAGGCCAGUGAAAGUUAUACAGCCAUGCAGCUGUGAUUAUGGGAAAUAAAACACAACACAUACUAUACAUGCAUAAUAGGCAUGGAAGCCAUGAUAAAAAAAAUAAUCUGCCUGAAGAAGAGAAAGACAGUUAAACCGUUUUCAGUUGCAUUUUUCAAUUAAUAGAAAUUAAUUAAAUCUGGCCACAGAUAUUAGGUUGAUUUGAACACAACACUCUGAAGCUGUGUGGUAGAGGCAGUAACUAUUGUGCUGCCAGCUUUUUUUCUCCUGAACAGGGCAAGGCUGGCCAGCAGUAAAUUCUUAUGGUUUAAACCAGGGGUGUCGAACUCUGAUCCUGGAGGGCCGAAAUGGUUGCAGGUUUUCAUUCUAACCACCUUCUUAAU